GGAGAGGAAAUAAUGGUGGAGGAGAUGUUGUAGUAGUUCAGGCUCCAGACAACUUCACAUUUGAUUUAGUUACACGUAUCAUCAGUUGGUUACCAGCAAGGGAAAUUAUGAGAUUGAGGUUAGUUUGCAGAGAAUGGAGAACACUACAUCAAAAUCCUUGGUUUAUUGAGCUCCAAAGAGGAAAUGCUUCUAACCUCACAACAUCAUCUUCUUUACUUCUACUGGAUGAUGAUAGACACUUCAGAACGAUUGAGUACAACCCUACCACGGGUGAUUUGGUUAGUAAUCUUCCACUUGGUAAUUGUCAUGCUCGUUUACACGGUUUUCAUCCUAUGAUGCAUCAAUUAAUGGACUAAUUGUAUUCAAGUGGUUAAAUGGAAGAUGCGUUAUUUGGAACCCCUGCAUUGGUUUAUUUUUGGGAAAUUCAACCUCCACCAACUCCACCCUUUGUAGGGAACGUAAAUGUUAGUUUCUCAUUUGUUUUUGCUUAUGAUUCUGAACGAGACGAUUACAUGCUAGUGAGCAUUGUUCAUGUUCAUGGACAGAAUACCUCGUUGGUCUCGGUCUAUCAACCCAGCACAAGGACUCUAACUACAUGGAAUCCAAUUUCUUAUGCCUUUCCAGAUCCGUGGCAAGAUUAUAUGCCUGAUGGGGUAUUCUUGAACGGAUUCUUUUACUGGAUAGCUAUUCCAACCAUUCAAGCUGAUCAAGAAACAAUUAUUCUGAGAUUUGAUAUUGCUAGUAACGGGUUAAUUGAAUUAGGGGCACCACAUAGUUUGAGAGAUCCGGCACAACAAGAGUCAAGGCAUGUAGUCGGGACUUAUGAUGGCAGACUAUGUGUUUAUCGCAGUCAUCAUGGUGAAAGAAUUGAUAUUGUUGGAAUGGAAAAUGGUUGGGGUAUACUUCGGACCAUUCACACAUACAGGACCGAUUUAAGGCAUUUCCUUCCAAUUAGAAUGCGUCUUCACAAUUUUAUAACACUUGCGAAUAUGGAGGAAGAUUUGGAAGAAGACCAAGAGUUUUUCCUGAUCGAUACAAGUACAUUAUUUAGACAAGCAUUUCCAGUGCCAUAUGAACCUGUAGACCGUGUUAGUGUCAUUCAAGAUCUCGCAAUAACUAAUGUGCAACCAUAUGUUGCAACACUGGUCAGACUCCCAACCCCUGAUUUUUAACAGAGAGGAAAUGAAGCUUUGAGUUAAGUGGUUCGGUUGGUGGUGAAAUUGAGGAAUACAAAUUAAGUGGCAACAGUACACGCUUAGUGGGAUACGAAUCUCAACCUGCAAGGAUGUAACCAGUUGUAUCAAUCUUCCAUAACUUUGGGCAAGUUAAAUUCCAAUUUCCAUCAAUUUUUAACUCAUGAGUUUCUGGGGAUAUCAUCGAGCCUGACAACAAUGGCAUCGGUGUAUAUUUUUUCUCGUUUUCAUCAUAAGAGGGUAUAGUUGAAUUCUGAAGUAGAUAAUGAAGAUUGGUAACUCGGACAUUGACGUUAUCUGCAGAACAUUGUCUUACCUAUAAUAGUGUGGACUAGGUUUCUUGCAUUUCUUUAUUCUAAAAGUACUUGCAUAUACGAUUUUAAUAGAACUUCGCAGGCAUGGGUCUAAUUUUAUAAA